AAUGAGAAUUUUUAAUCAAGAAGUAAAUGCGAUAAGAAUCGAUUACAAAUGAAUAUCGCGCAUGACACGCGAGCCAAGCAGAUGUUUUCAAGAUGUCAAUGAUCACUUUGGUUAACGAAUCGAAAAAUGGACACUGUUCGCAGAGUCAUGCUGACAAAUUGCCUAGCAAAAUCUCGGGAUAUCGUCGCGUCGAACAUUCGGAUUUACCGUACUUAGAGCGUCUGAUACGUUCAACGACUUAUGAAAUUUUCGGGGACGUAGAAUUGGAACAGCUCUACGAAACUUCCUGUCUCUCGGUGAUCCAGUAUAACGACAGACAUGAUGUCGUUUCGGGGAUAUGCCUCUGCAAUUAUCCCAAUAUUCCAUCUGUGCCACCAUGUGAUUGGUUGAUUUGGUUAAAAACGAUUUAUGGAAUGAAUGACCAGCGAAUUUUAUUCAACUGGCAUCCUUUUUCGAAAAGGAUCUCUGCUGCCACGGAAAGAAAUACAAUGUUUGUACACUUGCUAGUGUGGGAUGAGCGUUAUUCAAACGAUGAAUUCUUGAAGGAGCUGUUGGCCGCGAUCUUUGACAUUACCACCUAUUGCCAACACGUGAUUCUGGUGAGUACUGACUCAGAACACGCGAAACAAUGCGUUACAAUUUUUAUAUUUGAGCGAUCGACAACAAUUACGUCCCAAACUGAAGAUACGAAGGGUCGUGUGAGUCGAUUUGGAUGGAUAAAAAACGAGGAGGACAAUGACGACGUAAUAACGAUUAUCGAUGGUGAAAAUACACACCUGAGGGAGCUUUAUGGGGAUUAUUACAUUAGCGAGAUGAUUCGUUAUCCGGACGGCUGUCGCCAAUUGAUCAUCGGCGAAGAUGCCGAUGGCUCGGUGGCGGGUGUUAUGUGUCUCAACUCCACAAUCGACGUUAAUCUGUUGAAUGAGAAUUUCGAAUUGACCCCGUAUAAUGGUUUAAGAAAAUCGCACGAAAACGAUAAACCGCCAAUUGAUGUCGCCAAAACGACCGAUUCAAGCGAGUUUCUUCGAGCUUCUGUGUCUUCGCUAGAAUCGCAAGAAUAUCGGCAGCAGCGAUUCGAUCGGAAUUUGAAUGACGAUACAGGAAUGAUCAAAGUAACUCAAGAUAAAAAAAAUUCGGAAAAGAAAGGUCAGUGCUUUAUCGAUAAUCGAAUUUACAACAACAUGACGCAGAUGCAAUGCAUUCACGAUAUUCUGCCGACGUAUCACGGUGAAAUAAAUGCCUUCGUUUUGGAAAUUUUCGCUAUGCGCGAUGAGAUGAGACCUCAUUGGUCUUAUGAUUUCUUGAAGGCUGCUUUUGAUUGUUUCCCGCAUUUAGAGUAUUGCGCGAUUGCUCUCCCUUUUUCGCAUCCAUAUCAUCAGUUUCUUCAACAUUUCACGCGCGUACCAUUGAGAUGCAAUAAAGAUUUUCCGAUGACAUUAUACAUCAUACAUCGAGCGCUUCUUCGCGAAGAGAUAAAGUGUCGUCGCGCCCAAGUACGAGACCGAAAAUCUGUACAAGAACUUUUAUUCGCUAUACCAAAUCACAACGAGGUCUUGGCCGACUUUGAUUUCGCGAUGGAUCCUUCGCAGCUCGAUUUAGAUUGUUUUGUCUUUGAAUGCAACGAUACAAUGAUCGGACUCGCUUUAUUACGGUUAUUUUACGUAUAUCGAUACAAAGAUUACGUGUCUAUGCGGAGUAUUUCUCGAGAUAAUUACGGACGCCUCUUGCAUUUUAUUCUCAUGCCGAUUUUCUCCGCUUACCAUCGCUUCUUUUUCCGCGAGAUCGCUCGUUUAAGCGAGUUAACGGUAAUCUUCUAUCGGCUUCAUCACGAAGAUGAGAGUGCAUUGACACGAAUGCAUCCUUUGGUGUCUUGUUUGGACGAUAUGAUUCCAGUUGAUCCUCGUAGACAAGCUGAAUAUAGAUUCCCAAUUAUUUCGGAAAAUCUCGAUAGCUGCGAAAAUGACGUAAAAACUGAAGAGAACGAUAACAGGUUCUCUUUAUUUCUAACGUCACCGAGAUUGGCAAUGAUGCAACGUGCAAUUAUCGAUAUGAAAGUAGUCAUCGUUGGCGCAUCGGAAUGUGGAAUUGCUUUUGCGGAAUAUCUUGCUUUCCGAUCAAUGCAACAUUAUAUACAGUUUACAAAUCUUACAUUGAUAUCGCCAUAUGGUAUACCCUUUGAUAAUAAACCAAGCCGCGCAGGGGUAUGUCUACUUCCAUUUAAAGGAAAAUUUUGCUCAGAAUAUCGUCGCUGUGUGAUUGCGAAAGCUUGGAUCAAUAUUGUUUAUGGGAUUAUGACAGGGAUCAACAGAAAAGAGAAAUAUGUGAAUGUGAUGAAUCAAGGAAAUGUCGCAUACGACUAUUUGGUUUUAACGUGCGGCUUGCAAUAUCAAAGAUCGAUAUUACAAGGAGAAACGGAAACCCGAAAACGAGAUUUUAUAUUUUAUAGAAAAUACUAUACAUUAUAUAUAUUUUCCAAGAAUGAAUACAGAAGAGAUGAGACCAUGGAAUUGUCUUACUAUAAAUGGAUCUCACAGAAAGGAGUAAGUGCGAUGCAUAAUUUAACCAAGCUACUUUGCAAUAUUCUGAUAAUAUCGUCUCUGAUUACAUUAGAAGCAAUACUCUUUUAUGGUUGUAAUAUUGAUUGCUACUGCGCACUGGGCGGUUUAAUCAAGUUCGGUGUAAAGCCUUCGUGGAUCACGUUGAUCAAGCCGAUCCUAAAUCCCCACAAUAUGCACGACAAAGUCUUUUUCAGUGAUUGCGAAGUGCACGAAACGAUGAUGGACGCUAUUUUACGGGACGAGGUUCAAGUUUUCUGCGAAUGGAACAUGAUCGAUUGGGUUCUGAUAAAAGACAAUAACGGGAAACUGAUGAUCGAAAGCAUCACGAUCGAGAAAGAGGGCAAAAUAAAAAAGUUGAUCUGCGAUGCUUUUUUUAACUUCUACGAGAAAACGAUUAAUUUAAACGCAUUUUUAGCAUUUUCUCGUGCCGGUCUCGUUUUCGACGGUUUGCUAGUCAUAGAUCCCGAGUGCCGCACCAACGAUCCGUUUAUUUUUGCCGCAGGUACUAUGACGAAAUAUUCCAGAAAGUUUUAUUCCGAAUCACAGCAGCAACACCAGCAUUAUAAUAGUGUAGAAAUCGGAGAGAGACUCGCCCAAAUUUUACGAAGAGUGAUCGAUAUUCAUUGGCGGGAUGAGCAGAAAGAAGAAAAGCUGCAUUUGAUACUUCCGAUAUUUCGUAAACCCAUCGUAAUCGCGUGCAUUUUGCCGGGUGAUUAUUAUUAUUUGCAUGUGCACAAGCCUGGAAAGGAAACGUGGGAUGAGAUGAUGAGUAGAGAUGUGAGUUUUAGCCAAAUUAUUUGGAACACGAAUAAAAACGUUGCUAUUUCAGCAUUGAUAAAAUUUUGUGUGUCGAAAAUAAUUCGUAUAAAUAAUUGCAUUGACGUAGUUGAUUUUCACAUUGCACAGGGCGAAGUGCUUAUAACUGGUUCUUGCACAUCCGAAAUUGGGUACUUCCGUAUUGGAUUAAACGCGUAUGACUCGGUGGAAACUGUAACGUGCUUUAAUAGAAAGAUAUUUCAAGUGCAGAAUAUGAUCGCUUUGUAUGGGAAACACGAGAGUAUGUUGAACGAGUUAAAAUUCCGUUUUCGAAGCUCGUAUAUUUCGGAUUUUUACGCGUACUUUCGCGAACCUUGGGCUGCAGCGAUUUUUCAUGAUAAAUUUGAGUGCCUACGAGUCGAAAAUCGAGCUACUUUGCUGUCGCAGACGGAUUUUUAUAGCAAUUCCUUGAUCGAUGAUUGCAUGCGCGCUUUAAUCAAAUCCAAAUGGAAAGCGAUAUCCGAAGAAGAUCGACGUUACAUCGAAUACAAAUACGCUGGCUCAAUUUAUCAUCGAGAACUCGAAGACAAUCUUAUGAAUUUCCUGGAAUUUUGCGAAGAUGAUUUAUCGAUGUAUUGUACACCACAUAGACAACGUCAAAUGUAUAUGGACAUCGAAAAAAGUCCAUUAUAUUUCGAGCAAUAGAACAUUUUUACGAACUUUCAGAAAACGAUUCGAAGAUAGAUAGUCGAAAAAUGUAUUAUUUAAUUAUGAAAAUGUUUUAUGUUUUAAUAAAAUAAAUUUGGUGUUUGUCGCAAAAUUAAUCGCGAUAUAAAAAAUAAAAAGAAAGCGAUUAAAGUGGCACUAUGUAAAUGUCCACUCGAUAUCCCCUGCUUGCAUACGCGAAGGUUGCAUCAACUAUCGACACGCGAUGAUGAUCGACGAUAGACGGAAGGUGGUCACGCCUCAUUUCUGCAUGCAAACAUUUCUGAAUCAAGAUAAAAGCCGCGCGUGCGAUCGCAAAAGUCAUCCUCUCGAUAAAUGAGUCCGCGUCUACUUACUUGGUAUACGAUUCGAUCUGUGUAGGUCAAGUUUAACAUUCCGUCAAGUUGUUCCGUAACUAGCGCGGCGUCUCUCAAGGCAUUCAUAAUGUCACAUCACCUACGCAUUACCAUACAUAUUAUACGCCGCAGGAUGUUUUAGGAAGGUCGUUAUAGAAACGCGGGCACUGGUCCAAGAGAGGCGAUAUAGAUAAAAUUUUAAUACAUUAAUAAAUCCUCCGCGUUUUUGCUCUCUCUCUCUCUCUAUCUCUCUCCCUCGAAGAGACGAAAGGGGAAAAAAUGUUCGGAAUAAAAAAGAUUCAACGUGUGUUCAAGUUUUUCUAUUUUGUGUUUUCACACUUUGUUAGAAUCUUGAUUUAUUCUCGAUUUAUUCAAAGAAUACAUUCGCUCGCUCUGUUUGCAAUUUUAAUUCUUUUUGUCUACGCCUUUUCAUGUGAUUUAUUACGGAUUUCAUCAGUCUUUUUCGUGUUUCUUUCGUAAGUAUGUCGCCACGUUUUUGAAACAUAUCCAAAAUCUCGCCGAAACCCUGAAAUGUUGGGUCAAUGUCGUGCUAUUCUUACCGCUGGCUUGUUUACUGUAAGUUUAUAGCGUGGUUAAAAAUUUUCUAGUUUAUCACUAAAUGAAUAUUUUUUUCUUGGCCAUAGAUAUAUUAAAAAUCAUGUUAAAAUGAAUAGCAAUACCUAUGAAAAAGGGAUAAAUCCUAAAUCUAUUAAAAAAAUACGCGAGUUCUAGGAUAUUACAUAGCAUGCAAACUUGUGUAUUGAUUACUUAUAGACUUAUGUAAGACCAUUAUGUAAGAAGAGCUAAUCUGAUAGCACAGAUACAUUUUAAGACGAGACUGUACGUUUGUUACUCUAAAUAAUAGGAUAUUCUUUAAUUAUCCAAGUCGUACGUUUCAGUUCUUUUUGGACCAUCUUCAGCAUUAAAUAAUUAAACAGAAAAAAAUGAAAGAAAAAUAAAAGAUUACGCAUUGGAUAAUUAAAGAAAAAAAUAUUAUUUUAAGGCAAUUGAUUUAUGCCUUGUUUGCUUUUAAUUAUUUAUUUAUUGUUUAUUAUUAUAUAAUGGCCCAUUUUUUGUUUUUAUAUUCUUAUUGGUAAGCUGAGUAGUCAUUUAAAAAAAAAUUAAACGAAGGAAGAAGUUAUGUGAUUUCAUACUAAUUGUAAGAAUCAAUGUUUAAAACAGCAAUAUCAAUAUAGAAAUCAACUCUAUCACAUUAUAUUACGUUAUAUCAUAACGUUAACUAUCUAUCUUGAUUGCUCUCUUUUUUUAUCAAUUUGAAUAACUGAAUAAAUUUUCUCUU